AAGAAUUGGGAAGUGGCAGAAGAUCGUUCCCCUACCGUCUCCCGUCAAAGUCAGGAGAAACGUCACUUCAAGCUAAUUAUCCUAUUUUAUCUUUUUUAAGAAAACAACAACUUUGGGCGUUAUUGGUUGUCUUCCUUUGGCUGUAAGGAACAAUAGCAAGGUAUUUGUCUAAUUACAUAACGCGAACCCUUGUGAGGAUAAGAAAUUGUAUGGAUGGAUGGAUGGACACCUCGUCUCGUCUGACUCCUUUCAGUUUUAGAAUGCGGAAGUGGAGCGAGAUGGUCCCCUCCCGUCUCCUGUCAGUCAGUAAACCGCCUAAACAAACAAAUAAUCGUAUGCUGUUUUUGUCUUCUUUGAUCUUUAUAGAUUAAUAGGGUAACUGAAACCAAGACCAGUAAAUAGCUGUUAAACUGAAAAUGAAUAAAGUCUUUGUCAUUUGUUGGUUCUAUUGUGGUUUAAGGCUGUUACUUCAACACUGCCACCUAUUGAGUAUUUUGUAAACGUGCAGGUAUCAGUUGACAGCCUAUUAAUAACUGGUUAUGAGUUAGAAUUUGGCUACACUGUACCCUGCCGAAGAAAUGGCAUGUGCAACUGAGCGUGAACAGGAGAACAAAUGCGCCUUUAAUGAGGGUUAAAGUCUGUUUGAGCCGCCAGUCGAGGGAAGCGUCAUGUCCAAGGACACGUUUCCCUUCACAUCCACGUCGCUGCGCUCCCUGAGGCUGGAGCAGGAGUUGCAGGACUGGGAGGACACGCGGCAGGCCCUGGCCCAGAGGCGAGCUCUGACCCGGGCACCGCUGCCGAGGGCCCCCCGCAGACCGCCGCCAGGGCCGCAGCGCCUCCAAGAGGUGCGGGCUGCCCCGCCUCAGGUCCGCUGCCGGGACGCCGCCGUCCACAAUACGUUCAUGUGCGGAGACAUGAAGGGGGUGUACGCUGUCCUUAGGGACCCCGCCAUGGUCAACGCCCUGAUGGAGACGGUGCAUGAGGAGAUGGUGUGGGCCCCGCAGAUGGGCAUGUGGACCAUGAGUUCCAGGGUAAAGCAGACGUCCGCCUUGCGCCUAGCGUCUGGCCGCGGUCACGCGGCGUGCGUGGAGGAGCUCCUGUUCCGCGGGGCCGAGGUAAACGCGGACCCGGGAGGCGGCACGGCACUUCACGACGCCUGUGCAGGAGGACACGCCGCCUGCGUCAAACUGCUGCUCGCCCACGGCGCAGACGUGCAACUGCUGGCGGCCGACGGAAGCGCUCCUCUUCACCUGUGCACCUCGCCACUCUCAUUACAGUGUGCCGAGCUGCUUCUGGACGGCGGCGCCGACGUGAACAUGAGGACGGCUGAGUCGAGGCUCACCCCGCUGCACGUGGCCGCCCUGUGGGGCCUGGACAGCCACGUGGAGCUGCUGCUCUCCCUAGGCGCCGACGUGCUGGCCACCAACCGAGAGGGCGAAACGGCCCUGAACGCCGCCUGCGCCAGGGCAGACAGGCCUUCGGAGGCGGGCCGCUACCUGGGCGUGAUCCGCAGGCUGCUGGAUGCGGGCACCGACCCGCGCACGGCAGGCAAGAAGAGACACACGCCGCUGCACAACGCUUGCGCCAACUGUUGCUCGGCCAUCGUGGAGCUACUGCUGCGGUAUGGAGCACAGGUGGAUGUCAGCAACUGCGCGGGGUACACGCCCAUGGAAUGUGUGCUGCAGGUGGUGGAGGACUACUUAGACCAGCAACCUGAAGCAGUGGUACAGACCCUCCUGAACCACGGAGCCAAACCUGUCUCACCAAAGAUGUUGAGGCAGUGCAUUCUCUCUCCCGCCACGUUGGAAGUGCUUCUUAAUUCAUACCCGCACGUCCCACCAAGCGACUGGAUGGACGACUGCCCUCUCACGCAGGAACACAGGGGCUUCUUCGAACUGGUGCGCGAGAGGAGCGGUCAGCCUCGCUCGCUGCAGCAUCUGUGUCGCUGCGCUUUGCGUCGUCGCCUGGGGGUGCUAUGCCACUCGCAAGUGAGUCGACUGGACGUCCCCAGCUCGGUCAGGGAUUACCUGCUGCUGCGGAAUGAUGGGACCCUACACUGAAUUUGGAUUUUGCUUUGUUAUGCCUUUUGUGUUGAUGGCGCUCUCGUUGAUCGAAUUUACAGCCGCGGGUGAAUAAAGGGGACGGACGAAGCUGUCAACCGGCAGAUUGCUUCCUUUCUAAUGUAUUGAGGAAAAUGCCUGAGAGGUCAUUGUUUAUCAUACAAUCCACAGUGAACGUGCAGUAAAUAAAAAAGUGCAAAGAAAUGCACAGCUUCA